GAGCCGCUCCGCUCCAUUGACGCGGCUCCGCGGGUCAGACACGGUGCAGGCGGGAGAGAGGGCGAGCGAGCCGGGCACAGGAAACUUCACACAGACCCCCCCAGCUCCAGCAGCGGCACCAGCUCCACUCCGCUGGACCUCCACGACAACUUUACCCCCGCUUUAUCUCCGUCAGCGUCCCCGGAGAAGAGCCGCGGUGCUCGCUCUCGGAGCCGGCGGUAGGUGCGGCGGCGCGGGGCGAAGGUAGGGAGGGAGGGUGGGGGCGAGCCCGGUGAGGGAGGAACCGUUGAGCCGGAGAACCGGAGAGAAAGGUGACGGUUCGUCCGAGGAGGGAGACGGAGACCCGCGGACCGGCAGCGACGAGGUCUCGGUUCACGGACUCAGCCACAGGUAGCUCCCCCGCGAGCAGCAGCAGCGGCACCGCGGCGGAAGAAGCGAAGUGCCGGCGGGUCAUGCGGAUUCCUCCGGUUCGCUGCUCGGAGCGGUGAGUCGCAGCUGUACAAGCCGAGAAGAAGACGAGAAAGAGGCAGAAACCCAGAAGAGCCACCCCGGACCCGUGUCUUCCAGCUCCGGCGGUCCGUCCCAGCGGGCUCCUGACCAGGGGGAAGACAGCCACCAUGUCCCGGAGGAAGCAGAGCAAACCCCGGCAGAUCAAGCGUUCCCUCGGGGAUCUCGACGGUGGCGAGGAAAACACACUGGACAGCCACAGCCUAUCGGGAGAAGAGGGCGGAGUCUCGGACCCGGACGAUUCAUUGGAGGGCGACAGCUCCAGCCCCCCGUCAUACACGCCACUGUACAACGAAGAGCCAAAGACGCAGGAGUCACGAGGAGGCACCAACAAUGAAGAUGAGGACGGGGACGAGCGAGGACGGAGACACAGCGCUGGGGAGGAGGAAGAGGAGGGGGAGGAUGAAGAGGAGGCACCGUGGAGGGGUCCAGAUGACCUGGAGUUCAGUGAAGAAGGCGGUGAAAGCAGGGUGGUGGCCGGCAGGGACCUUCACCCAGACACAACGUGGGGUCCUUACCCGGGAAUCCUCCAAUCGAAGGGCAGCACAGACGAUGAGGAGGCCAAGAAGUCGAAGUUGAUGUGUGAAGAUCCAGAUUGUUGGAUUAGUCGAGUCCCUCUGACCUCUGACCCCUCAGCUGCCAACUGUACCAUCUACAGCCGAGGUGGCGAGUUGUUCUGUAAGGUCACCAGGGAGCUCGUGGCGGGCGGAGGCCUCCUGGCGUCCCUGUCUCCUCCCCCCGGCUCCUCCCCUCCCCUGGCCCGGCCCUCUCCUCCGCUCGGCCUCAUCACCCAGAGUCAAGCGGUGGUGAAGGAGGAGCCAAUGUACCCGGCGGCGCUGCGCUCCGAGAUUCAGCUCCUCCCACAGCAAGCCGGCAUGGCCGCCAUCUUGGCUACUGCCAUUGUUAAUAAGGACAUUUUCCCGUGUAAGGACUGUGGGAUCUGGUACCGCAGUGAGAGGAACCUGCAGGCUCACCUCAUGUAUUACUGCGCCAGCCGUCAGAAGCAGCCGGCCGCAGCCUCGUCGCCGCCGCAGGACAAACCCAAGGACUCGUACCCCAACGAACGGGUCUGCCCCUUCUCACAAUGCAACAAGAGCUGCCCCAGCGCCAGCUCCCUGGAGAUCCACAUGCGCACACACAGCGGUGAACGUCCUUUCGUCUGUCUCAUCUGCCUCUCAGCCUUCACCACCAAAGCAAACUGUGAGCGCCACCUUAAGGUGCACACAGACACGCUGAACGGCUUGUGUCACGGCUGCGGCUUUGUCUCCACCACGAGGGACAUCCUGUACAGCCACCUGGUCACCAGCCACAUGGUGUGUCAGCCCGGGUCCCGCAGCGAGGUCUACUCCCCGGGGCCGGGCCUUCCCAAGCUGCCCCUGUCCACUGGUCUCAGUCCAGGAGACUCUGGUGUGGUGCUGAAGUGUCAGGUGUGCGGCCACAACUCGGACUCUCCCGCCCAGCUUCAGCAGCAUGUCCGAACCCACCUGGAGGUCAGGGUCCCAGCCGAGAGGAGCCCCACCCCUCGCCAAAUCACCCCAUCGUUAGUCGACGCCCCUCAGCUGUCUCCUCACGAGAGGGAGCCCCUCGCCUGUGUCCCUAAACCGGACUCGUCCAGCCCGGGCGCUAACGGCAGCUCAGCCACUCCCCGGGACUACAGUUCUCCUGAUGCAGCAACCACUGAGCUGAAGAUAAAGGAGGAGCCGCAUUCAGACUCAGAGAUACAACCAAUGGAGAUCACGGAGGAUGGAGAGGAGGAGGAGGAGGAGGCUGGUGGAGAGAAGGGGAAGCAAGAAGAAAUAAGGAAAACAAGGGACAAUAAGGGGAACAUCGCCACCUCAUCCAGUCGGACAUCAGGUUCUCCGAAGAGUCCAGCCACCACCACCGUGAAGGCAGAACCAACCAGCCCCACUCCUGGGUCCAGCCCCGCCCCUGUGGGAGGUGCAGAGUCGGUUCUUCCCGGAGGAGCAAUGUUCUUGCCACAGUACAUGUUUAACCCCGAGGCGGCCAUUUUGCCACAGGCCUCGGAAAUACUGGCAAAAAUGUCAGAGAUGGUCCACAGUCGUCUGAAACAGGGACAGACGGCGCCUCAGAACAACCCAGCAGCGUUUUUUCCUGCUGGUUCGACCGCAUCCACCACCGCUGCCACUCCACCUCACAAAGGAGCCACCUGCUUUGAGUGCGACAUCACCUUCAACAACAUCAACAACUUCUAUGCACAUAAGAGGCUCUACUGCUCCAGCAGGCGCCAGGCAGAAGGAGACACCUCGGCUUCAGGCCCUGGAUUAACGAGGGAUGCCACCUCAGCCUCGGUGCCUUCCAGUGGAGCACAUGGCUCCUCCGCCUCUCCUCAGGGUGGAGCAGCAAGUAGAGCUGCCUCGGCUUCUCCUGCGGACUCUGACUCUCCCGCUGGAGCGACAGAACCCAGGAGAGUGGUGGAGGUGAAGAUAGAGACUCCUGCAGUGAGAGAGGGAAUAUCGUCUUCUUCUGAAGGGGAAGGCGGGGCUACAAGUGUGGGAGGAGGUGGCGUAGGAGGAAGAGCAAGCGAAGGCAGCCAGAGUCCAGCGAGCGGUUCUGCCGAGGACCUGGAAGAUGAUCCCAACAGAACCUUCUGUGUGGCCUGCAACAUCCGCUUCAGCCGUCAUGAGAACUACACUGUUCACAAACGUUUCUACUGCGCGUCACGCCACGACCCAACCAACCACCGAUCCGUACACAUGGCCAAGGCGACCACCGGAGCAGCCUUCCAUCCCCAGCCCAUUCGCACACGUAAGCGGAAGAAGAUGUACGAGAUCCACAUGGCCAGAACUGAGGCUUUAGCUAAUGCUGCUGCUGCCGCCGCCGCUGCUGCUGCUUCUGCUGCUGCCUCUGCCCCGUCCCCCUCGGUUCUGGGCUUGGCAGUGAAGCAGGAAGUUUCUCCCGGCGCGGCCGGCGGCUCCAGCCCCGAAGGAGACGGCCCAAUCGACCUCAGCAAGAGGCCCCGUCUGAGAGAUGUUCCACGGCACAGCAGCAGCAGCAGCAUCCUCCCUGCCCUGCCUCUCACAGACUAUCACAAGUGCACCGCCUGCAGCAUCAGCUUCAACAGCAUCGAGAACUACCUGGCUCAUAAAACCUACUACUGCCCCGCCACCACACUCCAGCCCCACACCUUGGAGCAGCUUCACAGGCUCAAGAGAUCCGCCUCUACCUCUCCCAAAAGCAGGCCUCAGCAGGAGCGGCCGGAUCUUCUGCACCCGAUGGAGGCGAAGGCUCUCCCCGCUGAGUGGGUCGCUCAGACUCGAGGCUCAUCGUCCAGCCCUCGUCCGUCUGCCUUACCUGCCUCUGACGCCACAUCUCCUCCUCAUCCGACCACCACGCUUGCAGCCAUCCCGGGAGCUGGAGCCAAAGGUGCAGGUGCUGGUUCUCCUCAGGUGGUCUGCCCAUACUGCCCCAACAGACCCAUCGCUGGUGACCUGAUGGAACACUUCAGGACGACCCACAGCCUUGUUGCGACCAUUCAGCCACCGCAGGAGGCCCUGCCGCAGCCAGGCAGCGCAGUCAGCCGCAGCCCCAGCCUUAGUCCCAGAGACGGAGCUGCUGCAACCAUUUCCACAACCCCCAACAGCCAGUCCAGACUGGUGUCCCGGGUUCACAGAGACAGCAUCAACGGGCAGGCCAGGAGCGCAACCAAUUCUCCUGUUUCCCCGCUGGUAAACAGCACUCCUUCACCUGGGGGUACUUCACCUUCAGCUGGCUCCCCUCUGCCCAUGUCCCCCCCAGCGCCUCCCUCUCUGACUUUGUCACCUGUGCCUGAGGUCCUAAGGGAGACGGUGGGAUCGUCCCACCUUCCAGACAAAGCCAACACGACCGUGAUCUCCAGUCACAUCUCCUCCCCCCAGUCGGCCCAGAUCCACGGCCUCAAAACCACAGUGAUCUCCCCCGUCCAGAACGGUAACUCCCGCUUCUGCCGACUGUGCAACAUCAAGUUCAGCAGCCUCUCCACUUUCAUAGCUCAUAAGAAAUACUACUGCUCUUCCCACAGUGCCGAACACGUCAAGUGAGCCGAGACGUUCACGUCUUCCUCCUCCUCCUUCCCUCCCAUUAUCUCUCUGAGCGGCGGCUUCCCUUCGCCAAGCUCCAAGAAGCUCGUCCCUCUGUGCCAGUCCUCCCACUCGGGUGCCAAACUGGCGCUCAGCUGACGUGACUAUAAAUGACAAUGAAUGACUGUUACUCACCUGACGGGCCCGACGCCCGGCUGCUGCAGGUGGUGUUACGAACACACAGUGAUAAUCCUCCUUAUAUGGGUCAAAGUCUGUAGGACACUAAGAGCUGAGACGGACGCUGGUGAGCGUCCUGAGAUCGCGCUCUGUCUUCAUACCCAACAUCUCCCGCUCCCAGGCCUCAUUGUAUGUUGCAUUAUGGGACAUUAAAAUGUGUGUUUAUGAUGGUAGUGAUUAGAUUCUGACUGUUGGACGGAGACGAUGAUCUCACAGUAACGAUGAUGCUGAUUUGAAUCUUUCCUGAGCUGAGGUGUCGUUUCUCUUCGAUGGAAAAGACCUGAUCAUUGUUCAUUUUUUUUAAGACCUGUGCAUAGUGUAUGAUGUCUGAAGAAAUAAUUCUAUGAUG